AUGUACGGCGAACUUGGGAACAAACUGGUCCAACAUGCGAAGCGCACCCAAGCGCUCGCCCAUCUCCCGCCCUACCAAACCGAGAUCGUCCGCGCCGUGACUCGCGAAGUCCGCGACCUGGACCGGGAUGUAGCCCGGCUUCUCGACCCCUUUGAGGGCGCAUUCAAUCCCUCCGCUGAACCCGCUGUCGCUUGUGCGCUCCUGGUGGACCACCUGUGUAUGCGUCGGAACAAGCGAUGCCUCCUCGCAUACCACCGAGUGCGGACCGAGAAGCUUGAAGAGCUCUGUUGGAACGGAGUAGAUAUUUUGGAGCAGCAGCAGCCCAGCGAGGCAGCAGAAGACCGAGGUCCCAUUCAGGGCACCGGCGGACACAGCUCGCUGAGCCCCGAGGAGGAAGAAUACUUUAGGCAAUAUGGCGACAUGCUGGCGGCGUACAAGGGUCAGUGGACGGACAUCGAUCUGACGGGGACCUUGGAGCCGCCGAAGGACCUCUUCAUUGAUGUGCGCGUGUUGAAGGAUGCGGGGGAGAUCCAGACGGAAUACGGAGUGAUCAACUUGACCAAGAACAGCCAGCUCUAUGUCCGACAAGGGGAUGUCGAGCGACUGAUUGCACAAGGCUUCCUGGAGCGAUUGACCUAG